GGAGAUAACAUAUAAAGGGAGAAGCCGGCCUUGAAGUUGACAACAGCAGUAGCAAGCUAGAGGAGGAGCAGGCUUCCAGCAGCCCAGCCCUUCACAUCUGCCAGAGACAACCAGCUGCCGGGUGGCAGGUGACCAGUCCUUGCCCCAGGAUGGGGACCAUAUCCAGAGCAGCCUUCAUCUUAGCCUGCUUGGUUCUUGCUUCUGCCGCCUCUGAGGGAGGCCUCAAAGGUCCAGGACAAAGAGAGAUGAAGCCAGAAUACUUCUCCCAGUACCUUCAAGAAGUUGGUUAUGCAGCACCCCCCUCCCCACCCAGAACCCGAAGUCUCCCCAUGGACCACCCUGAAACUUCUCAGCAUGACCCUCCCUUUGAGGAACAAAGAGAAAUGCAGCCCCCCCCAUCUCCUGAAGCCAUCCCUGUCCAGGAGGAAGAGUGGCCCACUGUUGAAAAUAAAGUGCAUCCCCCUCUCCCUCCGGAAACCAUACCCCUCCAGGAAGAGCAACCCAGGCCCCAACUCCCUAUUGAACAGACGGAGAGAGACCCGUCAGUGCCACGGCAGAAAGAGAUUGUGCAAUCCAGGCAGAAAGAGGAAAAGCCAGUCCCCUUAGUGGGCCAGCACCCUCCAGAGCCUCAGUCUUGGAAUCCAGCCCAGCAUUGCCAACAGGGCCGAUCCCGUGGGGGAUGGGGCUACCGGCUGGAUGGCUUCCCCCCUGGACGACCUUCUCCAGACAAUCUGAACCAGAUCUGCCUUCCUGAACGCCAACAUGUGGUAUAUGGCCCCUGGAACUUACCACAGACUGGCUACUCCCACCUUAGCCGCCAGGGAGAGAGCCUUAAUUUGCUGGAGACUGGAUAUUCCCGCUGCUGCCGCUGCCGCAGUCACGCAAACCGUCUGGACUGUGCAAAACUUGUGUGGGAGGAUACAAUGAACCGGUUCUGUGAGGCUGAAUUCUCUGUCAAGACCCGACCCCACUGGUGCUGCAAACAGCAGGGGGAGGAGCGAUUUUCCUGCUUCCAAGAGGAAGCCCCUCAGCCACACUACCAACUCCGGGCCUGCCCCAGCCACCAGCCUGGCAUUUCCUCAGGGCUAGAGCUGCCUUUCCCCCCUGGGUUGCCCACACUGGACAAUGUCAAGAACAUCUGUCAGCUGAGGCGCUUCCGCUCUGUGCCACGCAACCUCCCAGCUACUGACCCCCUCCAAAGGCAGCUGCAUGCUCUGAUUCGGCUGGAGAUGGAGUUCCAGAGCUGCUGUCGCCAGGGACACAACUACACCUGUACAUGGAAGGCCUGGGAAGAUACGCUGGAUGGGUACUGUGAACGAGAACAGGCUAUAAAGACCCACAGCCACUCAUGUUGCCACUACCCUCCUAGCCCUGCCCGAGAUGAGUGCUUUGCCCACCGGGCUCCCUAUCCCAACUAUGACCGGGACAUCUUGACCCUUGACCUCAGCCGAGUCACCCCCAACCUCAUGAGCCAUCUCUGUGGAAACAGAAGAAUUCUGACCAAGUAUAAACAGAUUCCUGGACUAAUCCAGAAUAUGACCUCCCGCUGUUGUGACCUGCCAUUCCCAGAACAGGCCUGCUGUGCUGAAGAGGAGAAACUAGCCUAUGUUGACGAUCUCUGUGGUCCCCGAAGGAACUCUUGGAAAGAUUCUGCCCUCUGCUGUGACCUGGUUCCUGGGGAUGAGCAGGCCAACUGCUUCAACACAAAUUAUCUGAGGAAUGUGGCUCUAGUGACUGGAGACAUUGGGGAUGCCAAGGGUCAGGGGGAACAGGGCCCAACUGGGGGAACAAAUAUCAGCUCCGCCCCUGGGUUUGAGGAAUGAGUCACCCAGAGCCUUGGAGGAUUAGAUGGGGGAACCCCACCCUACUCCACCCUCCUUGAGCACUCAUUACAAUAAAAGUCUCUUGGAUUUGGCA